UCAGGCGCCCGACGGGUUCCCGGGAUUACUUAGCAAGCAGAAGCAAACAACCGUGGCCCACCGACGAAAGGCAUCUUAGUCCUACUCUGUGAGCUCUGGAGAGGGCUCCCCUCUUUCAUCACCUGCCCACCAAGUCCCGGCAGCCACCGCUCAGCUCAGAACCAUUGAGGAGCCAUGGAUUCCUACAACUCCUACCGGGACUCUGCGCGUUCUCCAACUGAUCGAACGUGGGGAACUCGCGACGAUACCAGAGGCAAGGAAGAUAGGAUGGAUAACUUCUAUCGCAGUAGAUCUCCCGGUCCCGAUCGCACCCGCCGACGAUCUCGCUCUCCUGUUGGUGCAGUUGAUCGAUACGAGCCGAGGGGACGUGGCGGCCGCGAUGAGUACGCUGCACCACGAGAGAGGGAGGACCGUCCGCGACGAGUGGGCUCGCCACCGGCUAAUAUCGAUCGAUAUGUUCCUGGUCAGGAGCCAGGACCGAGUUCCACCCAGCCGUUGACGAACCCAAUCCCCGAUCCCGUUAAGCUCCCGUAUCAGGUGGGGUUUUCGUACUUUGGCGAAUGGUGGAGAGCAAAUGAGAAGAUCAAGGAAGAGAAAGACCGUCAGCGAACUGGCCGACGGCGGGAGCCAGAACGUGUUCGCGGCACGCGCGAGGCGCAAGAAGAACGUGAGAAGGAGAAGGCCAAGAUACAGGCUGCCUACGACUCGUACAAGGAAGAACUGCAGGCCAGGAUGGCCCACACUUUUGUGAAGCAGCACAAGGAUGAGCAGUGGUUCAUGGAGCGCUAUGUUCCUGAGAUUCGUGAUGUCUUCCGCCAGCAACUUAACGAUUUCCGGCGAGCAGGCUACACCCAGUGGGAGCAAGAGCUUGAGUCUGGCACGUUUGAUGAUUUCACUCUUGAAGGCAUCCCCAAGAGCGAAAGCAAUGGCGCCGGUGGUGUCGUCGAGAAGGAAGAAGGGGAGGCGACUGCUACCAACGAAGUCCUUGGUGUCGGCGAUCUCGUCCCCGCUAGCAGCACCGACAUCCGGGACGAGAAUCUGUAUCAGCCAACCUUGCUCAUCAAGACGAUCGCCCCAUCUGUCAGCCGCAAGAACCUGGAGGCGUUCUGCAAAGAGCACCUGGGUGAAGGAGAAGGUGGAUUCAAAUGGCUGUCUUUGAGCGAUCCCAAUCCGAGCAAGAGGUAUCAUCGCAUAGGUUGGAUCAUGCUCGACCCCUCAUCGGAAGCCCCUACUGCGCCGGAUCGAGAAGAGGUCAAGGAUGAAGACGGCGAAGUCGAUGUCAAGUCUCCCGCCCCCGCCUCGACUGCAGAGAAAGCCCUGGAAUCAAUCAACGGCAAGACUGUGAAGGAUGAGCAGCGUGGCGACUUCACUUGCCACGUUGGUAUCCAUAACCCCCCCAGCAAUCCAAGGAAGAAAGCGCUGUGGGACCUGUUCUCUGCCCCAGAGCGCAUCGAGAAGGACCUUGGCUUAGUCCAGCGUCUCGUUGACAAGUUCGAGGAGGACUUUGGAUCCGAUUUCAACGCCAUUCUCAAGGUCGAGGAGAGAGUCGAGGAUUUGAGGAACAGCGGCCGUCUCCAAGCCGUUGCUCCUGCGUCGACCGUCAAGAAGACCAAGAAACAGCGGGCAGUCGGCAUGGACGAGGCAAUGGAUGAGGAAGGAGAAGAACGGGAUAUCGGGGAGGCGGACGAGGACGAGGAAGAGGAAGAAGGCGCCGUUGACGAUGAGGUCGACGACGAGGACCUUCUCGUGAAGAAGAAGCAGUUGGACCUCCUGAUCGAGUACCUACGACGCGUCUUCAACUUUUGCUUCUUCUGCGUUUUUGAAAGCGACUCGAUUCACGAGCUGACACGGAAGUGCCCGGGUGGUCAUCUUCGCAGGCCGCGCAGCACCCUGUCCUCGUCUGCCAAGGCUGUCGCGCGUGCGAGCGCUUCAGGGGAGCCCUUCCCAGGCAAGAAGCGCAAGGAGACAGAGGAGGUAGAGGAAGGUGAGGCGACUGAAGGAGAGCGCAAGUUCCGGACCUCCUCCAAGACCGAGCAGCAGCUGCAACGGGCCUACAACUGGGUCAAGACAUUCGAGGACAAGAUCAUGCAGAUUCUUGAGCCUCACACUGUUGAUGUCCGGAAGCUGGGCGGAAAGCCGGUCGAGGAUGCUGUCAACGAGGAGCUGGCCAAGCAUGUCAAGCAAGAGGACGAGCACAAGUGGCGCUGCAAAGUUCCGGAAUGCAGCAAGCUCUUCAAAGAGGAUCAUUUCUGGAAGAAGCACGUUGAGAAACGUCACCCGGAGUGGCUUGAGAAACUCAAAGAAGAGUUCGAGUUGAUCAAUGCCUAUGUGCUUGAUCCCGCCCACAUCGCACCGUCCCGAACGGAUGCCAAUUCCAACGGGCACUUCCCGCCUUCGAAUGGCCAACAGCCAGCGGGUACUCCGAGAGGAUUCAACCUGCAGAAUUAUGCCAUGAGCAGCAUGAUGAACUUCCCCAACUUCCCCAUGCCCAUGUUCCCUCCGAACAUGAUGGGCGCACCUCCCAUGGGUGCAGCGGCGGCUGGGUGGCAUCCUCCGGGAGGCGACGAGCGAGGUGCCGGUCCGAUCCGCCGGGGCGGCGCCAUGGGCAACCGCUUCAACAACCGGACCGGUCCUUACGACCGCCGGUCGAACCCCCGCUGGGGCGCGGAUGGCGGCAUGGGCGGGCCCAUGGGGGGCGGGGGCCGGGGCCGGGGCGGUCCGGCUAGCCGGUGGGGUGACGGGGCUGCCGGAGGUGCCGCUAUGGGUCCUCGCGAGGCUGUCCAGGGCCGGACCCUCAAAAGUUAUGAGGACCUGGACCAGGUCUCUGGAGGGGGUGGUGGCGAGCUUAACUACUAGCCCUGCCGAAGCUUCUGCUUCAUUUUCCGCGCUGGCGGGGGUGUUUGGCGAACGAGAAAGCCGGGCUGGCAGCCGUGAUCGGACGGACUGGCGAGGCUUAAGAAGCCGCACCAUGCAUGGCUUUUGAGAACUAACCGAGAACUAGGCUCUCUCUCAUCUUUGCUUUUUCUUUCUUCAACUUUCCCGGCAACAACAAAACCUGGCUUUCGUGGCACACGGCGUUGCUCUUGUACAGUAGUAGUAUCACCAGUUAGUCCGGAUGCAAAAAGGGCGGCCGGCAGAUCAGAUGAUAAUUCAGAGCAGAUUGAUCGACUUUCGCGAAUGG